AAUGAGCAGAAUCAGACAGAAGUGCGGAACAGGGAGACGUGGAUCCUGGGAGAUGCACCCAGCACUCCCGAUGAAUUUGAAGAAACAACGAUCCACUGCAGCAGCCUUGUUAUAAAGAUCCAGUUUCCCAACCAUGCAGCAGCAUCUCCGGGCUAUAUCCAAAAUCUGCGAGCCGAGCCGGUAACUCAAGCACCCAGUGAGAUUCCAACUCCACAUGAGAGGCUUAUCUACUACCAGGCUGAAAAGAUUGGAGAGGGAAUAUUUGGUCGAGUUUAUAAGAUCGUUAGAAAGCGAGAUGGGAAGAUUUUCGCUGCUAAGGUGUUUAGCUCUCUACCUAAUAAGAAUAAGAGAUAA